AUGGCAUCCUUCCAGAUGACGAGGUCGGGGCUAGUAAGCCUCAGCAGGUUUUCGGCUGCAGCAACUCUAGCCGGCGCAGGGGGCUGGCAGCUAUGGACAAUGCAUUGUUAUUUCGAGCCCUUUGGACCCGAAAGUGAUCCUAUCUUUCAGAGCGAUCACUACCAGCGUCACAAUCCGGGAGAUCACCCGUCACUGAAAGAUUCCUGUGUGCGAAAGGUGCCUUUAUCACAAAUCCCACCUGAGUUGGUAGAAGACGCACUCAAGGGGGGUUCAAAGCUCCUCGAGAGGUUCUGCGCGGGCGUAUGGGGUGGUUACGGAUACGCCAUCCAACGGAACAUAUUGGCUCGACUGGGACGGAAUGGCUCAAGUGAAGAAUCAAUACUGUGGGAUAAAAAGCAGCUGCUAAACAGUACUUACGAAGAAGGGACCAACGUAACUGAUCACUUCAUCGUCAUUGGGAAAUCUCCCAGAUCUGUCGUCUUAUGGGGAGCCCAUGCGCCUUCAGAGAAUCCAGAACUCCCACGGGAUAUGGAGAACCUCGCCGAAGUUACUGCAGAUAUCAACGUAGACCAGGGCGUGGCCGAGUUCAGGCUGAAGAAUAUCUUCUACAAUGGCGUUGAGCGGACAUCGAAAGAGCUGUUUCCGCCACCGAUCGUGUGGCUGCAUUUCCAAUACUGCAAAUUGUUGCUUGAGGGAGGAGUGAGCCACUGCACGACGUAG